GGGCGGGGUGCGGCCCGAGAGGGAUGGACGCGGCCGUCGGCGGGCCGGUCGCCGGUUGGGGAGGCCACGGGGAGCAGGGAGCCGGGCGGGCCGAGCCGAGAGGCCCCACGGAGCGGGAACCCCUGUCCGCCUCCACCGGCCGUCGCGGCCGGGGCGCUGAGGGGCCCCGGGAAGGAGCAGACCUGUCAGGACCGUGGUGGGCAAGCCCUGCCGGGCCCUGCUGGCUGUCUGCGUCCGUCUCCCGGGCAGCGAAGGCCCAGGCAGGCGGUCGCGUCCGGCGCCAGUCGGCCGCGGGCAGCUGCGGGUGGUGUUACUGGCACAGAAACGAGUGGUGUCGGAGGACGAGUCUGAAGCGCGGCCCCCUCCUGUCCACGAGGAGAACGGAGCUCGUUCCCGGUAGCGCUCGGACUAGCGCACUGGUUUAGGAGGCCCGGCGGGCGCUUGUAACCAGCCGCCCCCCCCAUUCUUCUGAGGGUUCCUUGGAGGGAAUCAAGCGGGUUUUUGCCUCCCUCAGAUCGAAACAGCGUAAACAUUAACCACUGCAGCUGCCUCAGAUCGCUCGGAAUUUCAGGAUGACAGACACUUCUGAAGCUGUUCCCAACUUUGAAGAGAUGUUUGCCAGCAGAUUCACAGAAGCUGACAAAGAGUACCAGGAUUACCUGCAACGCCCUCCCGAGCCCCCGCCGGUCGUCGAGGAAUGGACUAGCAGAGCUGGUGGGAACCAGAGGAACAGAGGCAGUCGGUUGCAAGAUAACAGACAGUUUAGAGGUAGGGAUAGCAGACGGGGGUGGCCAAGUGACAAUCGAUCUAAUCAGUGGCACGGACGAUCCUGGGGUAACAAUUACCCGCAGCACAGACAAGAACCUUACUACCCCCACCAAUACGGACACUAUGGUUACAACCAACGGCCUCCCUAUGGUUACUACUGAUGGAAACGUCAGCAGCUUUUUGUGAAAUCAUUUCCUCUGUUAACAUGACAAGUUUGUGUGUAUCUUCUGUUGGUCAUAGUUUUAUAUCUGAUUUCAGAGAGUGGAUUAUAAACUUUUUAGAACUUGUGACUUAAAAAAAAAAAUCUUACUAGAGAUGUGCUGGUUCAGUAUUCCCCUAAAAAGGUUGUGGAUUCCAUUGCCUGACUUCUACCUCAGAUUCUUCUUUGUUUCAUGACUUAAUACUGCUUUGAACUUGGUGUCUGUGUUCCUUGUUUGACCUCCAAGAGUUCCGUCUUUGUUUUACAGAGAAAUAAAAAUUAUAAAGUGGAAAA